CGCUCUACCCACCUGCAGGUCCGUAUGACUGUAUCCUCUUCGAAUUCCCUCGCCAAUCCUUAUCGCGAUUGAGCUUUGAUAGGUGGUGCCUACCUCUAGCCAGUCUCAACCGACUCCCCCAUAUCAUACCUAGUACCUACCUCUACCUACCUACUACACCUAUCUUCGGUCAGAAAUUGAAGACGCCGCGUAACGCCUGCCUUCACUUGGUUUUGACCACAACGGUCAAAACAUCAGCGAAGCGUUAUAUACCUCUACGCCCCUCAACGUGUGCAUCCGGCCGACACCAACAAGCCAUCAACAAUGAGUGCCUCUACCAGCACGCUUCCACUUCAUGCCGUCAGUUCACAGCCUGGCAAAACGCAUGGGGGACGGUGGCUAAGGUCUAUGAAGCAUUUUCGGGGUAAUGGCGCCAAACCCCCGUCGUCUGUGUCUUCUGCACCCACUGCCCAGUCUGGCGUACAACAACAAAAGACAAAGACCUCUGAACCGACGAGGCAGCCACCAACAAGCAUUGCUGUGACCGAAGCUGAAGUCAAAGAGGAACUGAGAAUCCACAAACGUUUUCAACUGCCGUCAAUCGCGCCGGGAAUUGAGGUUACGGACUUGCCCAACUUCGACGAUGUCACUCCGUAUGACGUGACAGAGGACACUCAAGAGCAGCUCUGGGAUUUGGAGGCCAAGAGACUCGUCGAAGCUAUCACCCAAGACAGUCCACCCCGCUUUGAAGGGUCUCAUGACUUGAGCAUCGAUUCUAAAAAAGCACACGCGCUCCUCGCUGUUCUGGCUGAUCGGGUCAUGCAAUGCCUGAUCAUUUGCUCUUAUGAUGGCGAAAAUUUGCUAGCUCAACACCACGAAGCACGCUGCAGUAGAUCGGAGCUCAGGAGUUGCAAGAUAUCCCUGGGCUAUUUGAUCGGGGAGGACAAGGAGGAUGACUUGUCAAGCACAACAGAUGACACAAGCAAAGUGGACACGGUAGAGGACAUCAAGGCCAGUGACGAAGACUUCUUCGCAUUUGUGGAUUAUUGCAGCAAUAUUCUAGCUCGCAUCCUCUGCUCCGCUUUUGAUGGCAGAUAUGUGCACGUCAACAUUCUCGCACAUCUGGCGAGGAUCUGUACCAAGGUCAAGAUCCUCUCGGCUGAUCUCAAGAAGUUUGCCGAGAUCUCCCUGGACAGAGCUGCACCGGAGAUGGAUAUUCCGAUUCCUAGCCAGCAUGGCCUGCGUAGACCUCAUGAUGGUCAAAUUGAAGAUGGAGGUCCCAGCGUUGUCAAGAAGGUUGUGGUGAACGGAGGUGGCGCAUCCGGAGGUGUUAGCCGUCUCCUGCAGAGCCUUGAAUCCCUGAGUCAUGAUCAGAUGGCGCCGCUAGAGACCGAAAGCAAAAAGAAAGCACUUCGGAUCAAGUACUGUGAGAAGCAUGACAUAUAUCGAACCUGUCUGACCAAAAUGCUUCAAAAGGUUGUCGUUCAUUUGAGAGGGACGAACCGGCUCACACAAAGCUUCCCGACAUUCUACGAGAUCUGUGCAAUGGUGUAUGAAACCGGAUUCGAGCGCUUCAGGACACUGGUCUUCCAGGAUGAAGCAAACGUUUUUUAUGGGACAUCAGACGCGGUGAUCGUCAACUAUUGUCGAAGUGGCUACCACCUUCUCAAUCGCACUCUAGCUCAAAUGUCUGAGGAUGGGAGCAUUUCUGAAAGCCAGAUCACUCCUCCUCCUGCUUCUGGCCCAACAGCGUCGGAUGGCACCACAUCCAUUGGCACGACAGUAUCCUGGGACUAUACGCCCGAUGCCGAAGAUGGUGCACACACAUAUGCAUCCAAUCCUCCAGAUACCAUUCACAAAUUCUUCCAAAUCGGGUCCAUGUCAAAUAUCAUUACCAUCGUUGUGCCAUUGCUGCUGGCAAACCCAAAUCAUGCGGCCCUCGCAAGCGAUUUUUUCAAUACGAUUUCCUUCAACAACUUUCUUAGCGGACGUCCCGAAACAACAACUGAGCAGAACCUGCAACAGCAGAGUACGUUCCAGCAAUCUGUUUACGGCAAGUAUACCGCUUGCUUCUCCUUAACCACCAAGGAAUAUCGUGACGAGCAAAGCAAGCGUUCUCCAGAUGGACCCAGGUCCUUAUCGAACGCCCUGAUGCGCCGCAAAAAUCUCCACAGAGGCGACGAGCUCGGAGAAUUUUCCAGGGUGGACAGCCUUGCUUUCAACAGGGGGAAACCUGGCAAGGGGCCAUCGUCUGCCGUUCAUACCUCAAAUGAAGACACCUUCCAGCGCCAAAUCGAGGACCAUCAGAAAGAGCUGGAUCGCUACGGCACCAGUAUGAAAUCUUGGGUCUUUGAAGAAAAGGGCAUCAUGGUCAAGUGCAAGACAUAUGUCGCCCUGACAAUGGUAUUAUGCACCGUCCUUGUGGGAGGUGGGAUAGCCGUUGGCGUCACGGUUGGCUCGAGCAUCACGGCCGUAGAUCCAUUCAACAUCACAACGUACUGCUGGGUACUGGCAGCGUUUGUUCUUCUGAUUGCAAAAAGCAUUCGGGUUCACGAGUGGCCAUGGAACGACUUUCUUCACGGACGUGUCCUCUGCAAGAGCGUCUCCGAACUCUCCUCGGUUACCGGGAUCCCGGAUCGUCUCAUUUUGGCGAAGCUGUUGCAGGACGAAUCACUUUCUCGUCUGAUAACAAGGGGACCGUUUAAUGCAGUGUUUCGCAGGCGAGAGAACGAAGGCUUCUCGAUUGACCGGCCGAUAAGCAUGUGGACAAUGCUUUUGAGUGGGUUGAUCAUGAUAGAGGUUGAGUCUGUUGGUGGCAAAGGGCUGGUCUGUCUGGACCUCCGCAGGGGAACAACAAUUGAAGCAAUAAGCCACACGGCGGACUUUCAGGAUUGCUCGGAUGAGAAGAAAUUGUACAUCCAUUGCAGGAGUAUACCAGGCAGGAAAGAGUUGACGAAUGAGGGGCACAUACAUCCCAACAAAGUGGCUCUAAACUCAGGGCCAUUUCAGUGGAUGCGAUCAUUGGGUUUCUAUUCAAACAAGGAUGCCAUGUUCGUUUAGUUCCACGUGCUGGGGGCAUCUUGGUCGUUUUGAGGACUGGAUGUAGGUUCACUGCUGCGCCGAAAGAUUUGGCCUUUAUGUAUGCUUGAAAGUGGCACAUGUAACUCGGAAUGAUUCUUCCACGAAAAACACAGCCG